AUGCCACCAUUCACAACUGCAAUUUUAUAUGCAGAGGAAAUGUCUUUACAUACUAACAAGGAAAAUAAAGACAUCAGUAAUAUUUCUUAUUUGUGUCCUGUUUUUAGAUCAAGGUUUGGAAAUAACUUAUUCCAGUUUGCAUCACAUUUUGGUGUUUCGAGAUCAAAGAAUAUGCGAUUAAUAGUAGCUGAAAAUACAGAAAUAAAUCGUGUGUUUAACAUUGACGUUGAAAUACGACCAGACGUGAAAAUAUGCCAGACAUUUAAUUACCGGCGGGAAAAACAGUCGUGUGCUUACGACGAUAGUCUUUUAAGGUUUAACAAUUCUCAAAAUGUCAGAUUAGUUCGUUUUCUACAGUCCUGGAAAUAUUUUUAUGAAUUUAGGAAAGAACUAAGGAAAGAGUUAACUUUUCGACGCCGUAUUCAAAUCGAGGCUGAACACAAUAUUAUGCAAAUUCUGUUAAAGUUCAACGAGGAAUCCAGAAAAAUGGUAACUUUAGUGGGCAUACAUAUUCGACUUGGAGAUAUAUUCAGUAAUAGUUAUUAUAAAAAAGUUGGUUUUAAUAUAGCAACACCAGAGUAUUUAUACAAAUCUGUCAACUAUUUUCUAUCAAAAUAUAGAAAUAUUCUUUUUGUAGUAACUUCACAAAACAUGACUUGGGCUAAAGAGAACAUGCCACGUCACGUUAAAAACAAGGUUGAAUAUAUUGAUAGUCCGAAAUGGGAGGUAAUAGUCGCAACUUUAUCACUAUGUGAUCAUACAAUUACAACAGUUGGUAGCUUCAGCUGGUGGAUUGGAUGGUUAACUGGAGGGGAAGUGACGUAUUAUAAAUGGCCGGUAAGAGACGGCUCAGUACUCAGGAAACAGUUUAGCGCAGACUUUUCUGAUUAUUUCUAUCCAGGAUGGAUCGGAUUUUGA